ACAAAGAUGGCCGCCUUUGGAAACUUUAAUAAUGUUUUGCUAAGUUUUAUCCGUUUUCGACAACGUGCAUUCGUUGUCCGCAUUUAAAAUAAUAAUAAUUGCUGGCAGUUUAUAUUUGCUUACACUCUGUACUAUUAUAGGCUUUAAGAAGGAAAGCAAUGUUCAAAAAUGACUAUCAGGGGGGUGCCUUUUUUGAGGUUUUCUCACCACAGCAGAAAGAUGCCUUAUCUCAGUGGAAGGUCUCUGGUACUGUAGCAAAGAACUAUGAGAAAGAUAUCAAGAGCUACUGCUUCACCCUUGAUGGGGCCACGGCUACAACAAAGAUGCACUGUCCAAAAGAUUCUCGGAACUCAUUGCACCUUGUUCAGCCAUACCUGAUUGUCCAGGCCUGUUUAAAAAAUGCCGCUGACUUCAGCAUGGAACUCGGACUGUGUGACAUGAAGAACAACAAGCGGCGCCUGCUUCUCUCCACCACACAGAAGGACAUACACAUUACCCCACUUCAUGCCAGGCUCCCACUCAAAAUUGUCAAAACUGGCAUCUGGCUGAACCUGUGUGUGAACCUGGUCUCCAUGGUCGGGGAGACAUGGCGUGGGGAGACAUACAAACUGCUGGAUAGCCUCACCAUCUCUGCCAACUGUAAACUGAGGAAAAUCUUCACAAUGAAAACACAGCCUCCUGACAUGGUUGGGGAUGAUGAGCUUUAUGGUUGUGCCCCCAGCAAUGCAGGAGAGCUGGACAGUAUUCCCAAACAGUUUCAGUUUGCUUCAGAAGUCAACCACCUCACACAGUUGUUGACUAUAGACAAGAUAAAGCAUGCAGAUCGACUGAGGACCGGCGAUGUCAGAGGCUCUGUCACCAGUGCUCUUGACCUGGAUCUAAGUACGAGUGGCCGGCGGUCGUCCACCAAUGAUUCAUACCAUAUUGCAUUUGGUUCCAAGGUUCCCUCCUCCAAACUAAGGUCCUCCCAGAGCGGUGCUGGAAAGAAGUCUUCCAGAGAUGGAGGUAACAGUCAGUUGCUAAGGAGAAGCACAAUAGCUGGCUCUACCCAGUUUUCCCAGUCGUUCAAAUCAAAAAGCUACUUCCAGUCCGGAGGCGGUGGGUCUACAAACAGGAGCAUGAGAAGCAGUUCCCGGGCAGAAGAUGGUGUUCAGAACAUGUCAGUGAGCAGGGACAGUCUGUACUCCGGCAGGGAUCCAGGGGGAGGCACUGGUAGACAAGCAGGGGGUGAGUCAUUACAAAGAAAAGACCCCCCGCAACGUGUGCCUAACCCCCCUGACAAGCCAGCCAUGGUGAGGUUAGGCCACCAGAGACAUUUCUCUGACCCAGCAGCAUUGGUGGAAAAGGACCCUUCUGCUAAGACAUUCCAAGUGGAGGUUCCACGUGUUCAGCCUCAUCCACCGCGAGAGCCAUCACACGAGCGUAUACGACGUCGACCAGCACGCUUCAAAAAUGGAAGUAGCAAAGACAAGUCUGCAGGUUCAAGUUCACAAAAAGACGAGGGUAUUGGCACCAGCGCAUCCUCUGUGUCGUCAGUCCAGGAUGGGGGCCGGAUGCGUGUUGUGUCAGAUGGCGACAUCCUCAACACGAGUGACAGCAGCACAGAGUCUGUCCCAAGACAGAGGUCUGCAGAGUAUUCCCAUAGACCUCCCGCGGUGGAAGCCAGGCUAGCUAAACCUCAGAGAAGAGAGUACCAGCCGGCCAACUAUGUCAGUGAUGGAGUGGGAGGAGAAAUGGAGGACUCUACAGUUGACCUGAUAGAACUGCUGAGGAAUAACGCUGAACUGGAGGACAGUCAUGAACAUGAGGACCAGGAUGACAUGUACCUGUUUGUGUCCCAUCCGAAGCCUGCACCAAGGCAGAAGGCUACCUCUCCCUCACAACAGCUGAUGGAAAAUAGCCUGCUGCACAGGGUUUCUAGCAAUGGGGGUGAUGCAUCCUUUAAAUCGAAGAGGUCCAAACACAAAGACUCCUCCAAGGGCCGAGGUCCAAGACCAGAGGAUGACUUUGUCAAUGACAACACAUCAAGUAGUGAGGAGGAGAAAAUGUUAGGGCCUAACAGGCAGGGGUCCAGACCAAACAGUGGCUCUAGGCCUAAUAGUGGUACUCGACCUAAUAGUGGAACUCGACCUAAUAGUGGAACGCGACCAAAUAGUGGAACACGUCCAAGUAGUGGCAAUAGACCUAACAGUGGCACAAAACCAAGCAAUAGUGUAAGACCCUCUGGUGCUAGUCGUUCACAUAAAAAUCCAAGUGGAGGAAAUAAGGUUACUCAGAACAAUGGUUCAGUGGCAGACUCAGACUAUGCAUCUAUGAGCAACUAUUCUAAAGCAAGCUCUUCAAAGCAGAGACCUGAAUCUCUUAACCCGUCCAUCCCAGUCCCAAAGUUGACUGGUCUGACGAAUGGGACAGAUGAUGACGUGGCUCCAGUAAGGGCCGGCAGCCCUACAUUUACUAGGGGUUACACAGACAGGAGCUACAUCUCCAGGAUGAGCAAAACAAUGUUGAAGGAGGUGCCCUUGUCGGAUGCCAGGUUCUCAGAACGCGUGAACCCGGACUAUGACUUCCACAAGUAUGCCUAUGCGGAUGACCUGACCUCAUCACAGGAGAUGGAAAUGCUCACAGCAAUUCAGGGUGCCCGCAGUGCUGACUUUGAGCCUUCAAACUUCAUGUCUCCCUCUGGCAGUCCAAAACACACUCAAUCCAUACCACCAGUAUUACCCAUUCCCAGUAACCAUAUAAAAACAGAGACAAAAUUCUCCCCAAAGCGGCCAAGCCCAGAUGGUGUGAAAACCCAGUCAUGUGAGAGAGUUCAAGGUCACCAUUUGCGAGGUGAAGGUCAUGGUGUCGGUGCUAGCAGAGAGGGCGGAGUGGAGUCUCCCACCGUGCUUAGUGAUGAAGAUGAUACAAGUUACAGCACAUGGAAGGCUCCUCCAAUUCAGUCAGUAAACUACAGAUCUGAAAUGUUCCGGGGAAGUUCAGAUACAUAUACUUCAAGGGAGUUCAGUGGGGUGUGUAGCCCCCCGGUGCCCAUGAGGGAUCUGCCAGGAUCUAACUCUCUUGAUGACAUCUCCACACUCAGUAACUCAUCUCCAAGAAAACACUUAUUUGGUGAAUCUCCUAAGACAACAGAUGAUGAGGAAGAGCUGGAUCUUCUGUAUGACCCUCAAAUACAGUGUUACUACGACCCCAAGACAUGCAAAUAUUAUGAACUUGACUAGGCUAAUAUUCUUAUUUACACUCAGAUAUAACUAUAUUUCUACAAGCUAGAAUAUUUGAAGAAGUUUUUUUAGGGUUGAGCUGUAGUAUUUUAAUCGGUCUUCAGUGUAAAAAGUGUACUGUUAGAAAUAAAUGUGUACUACAGUGCUAUAGAUAUAGUAUUUUGAAUAUAUUUGCACGAGAUCUGGGACAGAGUAAUAUUGGGCGAGGUAUGGGACGUCAUCAGUCAGGAGUUUGAAUAACAAUUUUUUUUUAUUCAUUUUUUGAGGAUUUUCUAGCGUCCCCAGAAAUCUCCAUUUGGCAAAUUGAACUAUGAUUAAUCCAUUUUACCUUUCAAAAAUUCUAUACACCAAAAUAUCAAGCUUUAAAAAUUGCGAUAAAUGAAACAAAUUUCUGUAAGUGUCUUGGACAAAUAAGAAAAGUGAUUGUGCGGUGAAUGCAUGCUAUUUUGGAGACUUAUAUCAUUCAGUCAGUCUCAGUUGGCUCGAGCUCGCAGGGACCGGCGAAAAUACUUCGAGCCUCAGUGAAUUCGAGCCAAGCAGGAAUUCUUACCUUCAGUUUAAAGAAAUCGGUCUUUACAUCCAGCUCGAGCCAAUGAAGAAAUCGAGCCAAGUGAGUUCGAGCCAUUGGGUAGGACUGUACUAUAAGUCCCAUGUUCCUGAACAAUACAAUCAUCAUAACAGCCUAUUUAAAUUGCAAAGUGUACACUUAUGACUAAAGUACUGCUUUUAAUUGUUAAAUGUUCAAGUGCUUGAGAUGACAAUGUUUGCAUGUAUAGAAAUAGUACAUUAUUUCCUGUUCAUUUGAAUUUAUAUUUUUUACAAUGAGUGAUUAUUUUAACUCCUGCAAAAAAUCACUGAAUGUUUAUUUAAGGAAAAACUGCGGAGCAGUGUUGUUAAAUAGGACUGUUACUGUUUUUGUAAAACCUUGACAUAAAUUGUUGGUGACUGAGUAGUUCGUCUCCGAACGGUAUUCUAUGAUUAUGAUGCAAUACUUGGCUGUAGGAUAUUUUGUUGAGUAUUUAUGUCUUUUUCUGUGAUAUUUGUAAAGAUGAUUAGAGUUCUUGAUUGAGUGGAUAUUGUUAUUUAUUUGAUACGUGUGAAUAAAGUGAAAACCAGA